AAAUCAGCACACUGUGGAAAUGUCGAAAGUGUCCGGUGCGGGUGAGGAAAAGCUGAAAGUGCUCGCACUGCACGGCUACCGGCAGAAUGCGGAUAGCUUCAAGUCCAAGCUCGGUUCGUUUCGCAAGAUGCUCAACAAGUACGUGGAGUUUGUGUUCGUCUCGGCACCGCACCCGGCAGCCCCGCUCGAAGCGGACGGUGGUGAGCCGGAUCCGAACCAGCGGAGCUGGUGGUUCAACAAGGACGAUCGCACCUUCAAGGGCACCAACCAGGGCGGACCGGCGUACGGGUUCGAUGAGAGCUUGCGGCUGGUCGAGCGCACCUGGCAGGCGGAGGGUUGCCACGGGCUGUUGGGCUUCUCGCAGGGCGCCUGCUUUGUGGGGCUGCUGUGCGAUCUGAGCGCGCGGGGCAUGACCACGAUGAAGCCACAGUUUGCCGUCGUCGCGUCCGGCUUCCGGUCCGGCAGCUUGGUGCACCUGAACUACUACGAAAACAAGGUGCAGAUACCGUCGCUACACAUUUUCGGCGAGACGGACGAAAUCAUUACGAAGGACAUGAGUGAAGCGUUAGCGGACACCUUCUUGGAUCCAGAGGUCGUUACCCACCCGGGCGGACACUACUUCCCGGCCCAGGCCUCGCUGAAGGAAACGUACGUGGACUUUUUCCGCGACCAAUUGCAGCAACAUCUGGAAGCCAAAGAACUGCAGAACGCAACGGAGGAGAACAGUUUCCAUCUAGAAGGCCAGGAGGAGGCGGAAGAGUCGGCGUUGCAGCCGGUACACGAAGGGCUGCAGAACGGAAGCGAUUCGGAUUCGGACUAGAAUAAAGUAGGCGGCGGAGAGCAAAAAUAAUACGCCAGUUUAAAAGUUUGACUCCAGUAAGUUCCAUAGAUUUUCCUUCCCUAACUUCUUCGUCUCAUUUCCAUAAUUUAAUUACUCAAAAAAAACCAUACGAAUAAAAUUACCCAAAAGAGGAAGAAAGGUCAAAGCUAUACUA